CUUUUGUGGCGCCAUUUCGCACGAGCACGUGUAGUUUUUGUGGUUUUUUGUGUAGAAACACGGUUAUAAUGGCCGAAAUUGCGCUUUCAAGAUUAGCAGAGGAGCGAAAGGCGUGGCGUCGUAAUGCCAUUUUUGGAUUUUACGCAAGACCGAUGAAGAACGCCGAUGGCACAAGUAAUCUCCAAAAGUGGGAGUGUGGCAUUCCCGGAAAGAAGGGUACACCAUGGGAAGGUGGGUUGUACAGGUUGGAGAUGACAUUCCCGAACGAUUAUCCGGCACGCCCGCCGAGGUGCCAGUUUAUGGACAACCUGUUUCACCCCAACGUGUACCCAUCGGGCACCGUUUGUCUAUCGUUGCUGAAUAUGGAUGCGGAUUGGCGCCCGUCGUUAACCAUUCGAGACAUACUGCUGGGAAUACAGGACCUUUUGAACAACCCCAACAUAGCGUCUCCUGCGCGAACCGAGCCGUAUGAAUUAUACCGCAAAAAUCCACAAGAAUACAUCAAUCAAGUGAAACGGCAAGCCCAAAGGAUGCGUCCCAAAGUUGAAUAAAUGUAAUACCUUCCGUAGCGUUCUUCAGCCACUGAACAUAUUUUGCACGU